UUUUGACGUUGACUACUGAAACCAGAAACGUCACGUCUUUGACAAUUAGCCACUUGGUUUGUAAAUCGUGUGAAUUAAUUGCGAUUUUUAUCAGUAUAUACAAAUAUAACAAGAUUGUAAUAGCUUUUCAAGAAACAUGAAGCCUGCAUUUAUUUCACUAUGUAAAAUUGCACUCUUCGUGUUAGUUUUUAUGAGUGUAAUAUCUCAUGUAGUGAUCGGGGAUUCGUCUGCUAAAAAACUGCAAAUUGGAGUUAAGAAAAGGCCUAGCGAAUGUCCAAUAAAAAGCAAAAAGGGAGAUCUUCUUCAUAUGCAUUAUACGGGUACAUUAGAAGAUGGAACUGAAUUCGAUAGCUCAAUCCCUCGUGGGAACCCAUUAACCUUCACACUUGGUUCAGGACAGGUCAUAAAGGGCUGGGACCAAGGUUUAAUUGGAAUGUGUGAAGGGGAGCAAAGGAAACUAGUCAUUCCGCCUCAUUUGGCCUAUGGUGAGGCCGGAGCACCACCAAAGAUUCCCAAGUCUGCAACAUUAACAUUCCAUGUAGAUCUUGUCAAGAUUGAAAGGAAGGAUGAAUUAUAAUUUAUUAUUCAUCCAAGAAACCUUCAGUAGUUAUUUAUUUUAUUGUAAAUGUGAUAUUAAUUCUGAUG